UUCAAUUAUCUCUUUUUAUACACAGGUAUAGUGCUCAUGCGCCUCCACAACUCCCUUCUUGUAACCACAAGGACACAUCGUCAUUUAAGUGUGCGAAACUCACGCAGCUUGACAUUGAAAAUUUCCACAAAAUGUUGUAUGCAAACAAAUCAAAACAAUCACAAGAUUGUCUGUUGCUCAAGUACACCAAUCAAUCGCUGCCGAAAAAGCGAAGUGAAACUGUUGAUGGCAAACGAAAAGUUGCUGUAACUACAACAUACUUUGUCCCGAGAAAAACGGGAAACGUUAAGGUCUGUCAGAAAACAUUUCUGAAUGCUUUGCGGGUAUCAAAGGACAGAGUGCGAAUUUUGUGCCAACGCCACUUCCUCAAAGGAGAAACGUCAAAGGAGCGACGUGGCGGAUAUCGAGUUAACCAGGCAUUCGCUGAAAAAAGACAAACCGUAAAAAAUUUCAUCGACCAGUUGCAGCCUAUUGAAUCGCAUUACGGGAGAGAUAAAUCAACGCGUCUGUAUUUACAAUGUGAUCUCAAUAUCAGGAAGCUUUGGAGGCUGUACAACAGUGCACAAGGAAGUUCCUGUUCACAAGUGAAAUAUGAGUUUUUUCGUGGUAUUUUUACCAAAGAUUACAAUAUAAGCUUUAAAACUCCAGCAACUGAUGCCUGUUCAACAUGUAUAGAACUUCGGCUCAGUAUUCAAAAUUCAAAUGGUGCCGAAAAAAUUCAUAACAUGGCUAUGUUACGAGUUCACCGCCUAAAAGCAAAGGCAUUUUAUGAUGAGCUGCGGACUGAGAAAAGCGACACCUUGAUGUUAGCGUUUGAUUGCCAAAAGAACUUAGUAUUGCCAAAAGUGCCAGAUCAGUCCGCAUAUUUUAGUCGGCAACUGUACUUGUUUAAUUUUACUGUAUGUGCAGGCUCAUCUAAAAGUGAACAAAAUAAGGAAACUGUCACUAUUUAUCCUUGGUUGGAAAAUGAGUAUUAUCGCAAUGCAAAUCAAAUUGCUUCCGCAGUUUUUUACCAAUUAAAUACCACUGCUUUUGAGACAAACAUUACAAAUGUCCAACUUUUUGCUGACGGUUGCCCUGGGCAAAACAAAAAUAUGGUUCUAAUGGGAAUGCUAAUGUACUGGCUGCAAAUGAAGGCACCUAAACAUGUUAAAAUCAUUGAAGUGGUAUUUCCGGUAGUUGGACAUUCAUUUUUGCCGCCAGAUCGUGUUUUCGGAAGAAUUGAACGGAGCAUUAAAAAAAGAGAAUCUAUUGUCAAUCCCAAUGAAUAUAUUGAAAUUUUUGAGGAAUCCGGCACCGUCAGACAGUUCGGCAAUAACAACUUAUUGGUAUACAACUGGAAAUCAGCCCUUGGCAAAAUUCUUAAACCCACAGCGCAGUGGCAUUUUAAAAUAUCACUGUGUAAAAGAAUUAAAAUAUUAACAUCGUCACGUCAAGGAACGACGGUCGUUAAAGGCGAAAUUUCCUAUAAGAACGAAGUCUCAUGUUUUCGUUCUCUUCUGAAAAGGGGUUGCAAACUCAGUGAUUUAGAUAAGCACCUAGAGAUCGUUCCUCCUGGAGUACCAUUAAAAAGUGCCAAAGUGAAUGAUAUACAUAAGUUACUAGAGAAGCACUUUGGUAAAGAUUGGGCUGGUGACGACCAUUUGGCUCUGUAUAAGUCACUAGUUAAUGAUAAUGCAGAAAGUGAGGCUCAAGAAGAGGUUGAAAUGUAUGAAAUACAAGCAGAAGUUGGUGAUAUAAUGCAAAUUUAGAAAACUAAGUAUUGACAAUAUGAAUAGUAUGAUAUUAUUUACUUUUGUUUUGAAUUUUUAUUUUUUAUUUCUUACGAACUCGAUGUUAUCUGAUGUUUAUUAAAUUCAAUAAACGAUGUCCAUUUGUUGACAAAACUCAGUUAUUUUAAUUCAUUCCCGUAGCAAAAUUCAUUCAUUUUUGUGCACAGUAGCAAAACUCAAAAACUCACUGAUUUUUGAUCAAAGGACACAUAAAUAACACAUACACGACACUAUUGUUUAACAACAAUAAAUAUUUGCAAAAGUAUUAGUAACAAAAGUUAAACGUUUUUCCUGAUUUAUGAAAAAUAACAAAAAAGUAUAUUAGCGACUUUUGCAACUGGACGCCUCAUGUAUAGAUGUUAAUCAUCUGGAUCUUAAUAAUUUUUAAUGGAUUAUAUCA